AUGCUAUCUGGUUUGCGAAUCAUGUGCAUUAACAAUCCCAAGUUGCGGAAAGAAGAUGGGAAGUGCGACUGGAUCGGCGAAUAUGGCACCUAUCAGAAGCACUAUGAGGUGUGCAAGAAUGUGCCUUUAGCCGAUGCGGACUAUCCGCCGGAGACGCCCACCCCGCAGAAGCUCCCGGCGCCCGAGAAACUCCCGGCGCCAACGCCGGCGCCACCCGCGAAGCAGGUGUCGAAGGCGACGCCGCCGGUGGCGCCCAAGAAGUCUCCGAAGAUCGCACCGAAGGCGAUGACCUCCUUACCGAAGGCCUCGGCGCCGAACGUCGCCGCGCAGCCCAUGGCCCAGCCCAUUGCCACCGCGCCGCCCGCGGUCGCGCCGGUGGCGCCGGUGGCGCCGGCACCGCAGGCAGCGCCCACGGCGCCACCGGUGGUGAGAGCAGAGGAGAGGAGGGAACCGCCACAGCCGCAGAUGCCUCAGCCUCAGCUGCCAGCACCGCAGCAGUGCCCGGUAGCGCCGCAGGUCGCCCCUGUAGCACCACAGGUCCAGGUCCAGCCGCAAGUACAGCCACUGGUGCAGCGCAGGGAAGAAGCCCCAGCUGCACCAGCCGCGGCAGCACCUGCAGCUCAAGCAUCAGGUUAUCAAGGACGUGCCUGCGGGAACUUCGAGGCCACCGGUCCCACGAUGGUCCCCGUGCGACAAGGUGAUUUGAUCGAAGUCCUUGAAACGCACCCCACAGGCUGGAGCUACGCGAAGAACCUGUCGAACAGCGGCACCCCACCCGGAUGGGUUCCCUCAUGGAUCGUUGAUGCCAGUGCCAGAGCGAAAGAGACGGUGGAUGCCAGAACGGAUCCGAUCAGCAAGCAGAUCAUUGUGCAGACCCGGGACAGAGAUCAGGACGUCCGGCCCACUGCCGUACAACCUGCAGCACCCGCACCGCAGCCAGUUCAUGCAUCGCCGGCGCCAGUGCGUGCACAAGCACAGCUGGUGCAAGCUGCUAGAGAUUUCGCUUCAGGCAGUGAUUCUCAGAUGUCGUUAUCGGCCAGCGAUUAUGUGGAGAUUGUCGAGCGCCACCAGUCUGGAUGGACCUUCGGUCGCAAGAUGGUAGGUGGCAUGUCCGUCUCCGAGGGCUGGUUCCCUGAUUGGGCCUGCAACCCAUGA